UCGGUCUCCCGCACCGAGAGGCUACGUGCGACUCGACUGAGCGCCGUCAUGGGCAACAGGGGCCCCGGGGCCACUCCAGCGUCAGCGCUCUCACGUAGCCGAGGGCGCAACCCCUGGUGUCCAAAUGAGAAGGGACAGCGGCGGUGGACUCCCCUCGGACGCACAGUUGCGAAGCAUUAUGACGCCAAAGGGUCCAGCAUCUGAAGGUCUCCGGGCGCCGCACUGAGAGCCAUGGAUCACUUUUUCCGGAGAAAGCGGGUCGGGCUGCUGAAACCGCUGCUGAGCCUGUCUCUGGUCUUUGCGUCUUUUCUGAUGAUCCAUAAGCUGAAGCUGGCAGAGAAGGACGGACUGGGAGUUAAACAUCCGAGGGACGCCGGCUGGUGCGGCUCCGAGUGUUUUUCAUUCAGGAAGGGAGUCCUGAAAACUAGUCUGGGGAGCUCGGACUCCCCGGUGCUUCGUAACGAUUUGGAUGUGCAGCCGGUUUCCAACGGGACUCCGGCUUUCUGGGACGCGCAGGUUCUCAACUGCAGCGAGGACGCCUCGGUUCGGGCCCAGGACUGGUUCCGGCGCCUGGACCCGAGGUUCCACCAGUUUGUCUUGCACAGACACUGCAGGUACUUCCCCAUGCUCCUCAACCACCCGGAGAAAUGCGCGGACGGAGAGGUGCACCUCCUCAUGGUGGUCAAGUCCGUGAUCGAGCAGCACGACCGGCGGGAGGCGGUGCGCAAAACCUGGGGCAAGGAGCGCACGAUGGACGGGAAGAAAAUCAAAACUUUGUUUCUUCUGGGAAGCCCGACGACCGGCAAAGACACCAAAAACCUCCAGAAACUGAUCGAGUACGAGGACCUGAUUUACGGGGACAUCCUGCAGUGGGACUUCAUGGACACCUUCUUCAACCUGACCCUGAAAGAGGUCAACUUUCUCAAGUGGUUCGACAUCUACUGCUCCGGCGUCCAGUUCAUAUUCAAGGGGGAUGACGAUGUUUUUGUGAACACGCGCAACCUGCUGGAUCUCAUCGGCUUCAAGGUGGAGGAGCGCAAAGAGGCCGAACUGUUUGUGGGGGACACCAUCUCCAAGGCGAUCCCCAUCCGAAACCGGCAGAGCAAAUACUACAUUCCCAAAGAGCUGUACGACAAGCCAUACCCCCCUUAUGUCGGCGGCGGGGGGUUUCUGAUGUCCUCCCAGCUGGCCAGGAGGCUCUUCGUGGUCUCCGAGGACCUGGGCUUGUACCCCAUCGACGAUGUGUUUUUGGGGAUGUGCCUGCAGAAGCUCCACUUGGCCCCAGAGAUGCACGCGGGCUUCAGGACCUUCGGCAUCACCAGGCGCAGGGCGAGCCCCAUGAACAGCGAGCCCUGCUUCUACAAAGACCUCAUAGUGGUGCACAAACUGAGCGCGCAGGAGCUGCUCAGGAUGUGGAGCGUGGUGCACAACCAGGAACUGGUUUGCGCGCAAAGGACCUCCAUGUGAAUGUCGCUUUCUGUAACUUAAGUAACUUAAGCAAAUCAAUUUACGAAAGCUGAACUCAUUUUGUAUGUAUCGCAUCAUGUAUCGAUCAUGCAUGAUGAUCUUUACACAUUUCACUGAAUGUGCAGAGUCGUGUAGUUGAGGGAGGGCAAACAACUACAUAUACAAAUAUAAACAAAUAAAUAUACAGUAUAUGUACACAUAUGUAUGUCAGAUUGAAAAGAUUGCAAACUCUUGCAGUAAACUGAGCAGGUUGGACUUCCUCUCCACCACUUUAUGUCUUGCUACUUUUAUUUUCCAUUUUGUGAAACCACUACCACACAGCUCCUCAGUGUGCAAGCACUAAAGGGAGGUUUCUCGUUUCCUGAUUCUCGGUGCCAUUUCAGAUAUGGAGUCUCAUGGUUCCACGUUCUUAACCUGAGAUCCAGUUCUCUCUUCUAGAGACGUGGCUGCCACGGUUCUUGUGCCUUUGUGCAGGCUUAAAAGGACUUGACUUUGUUAAGACACGGUUGCUUUUAUUGUCAUUUUCUGAGUUCAGGAUUUCAAAGGGACUGUCAAAGUGAAGUGUAUGCACUCACAGGACACAGCAUAGAUCAAACAAGCUCAUUCAAAGUUGUGUGAUUAUUUUGUAGGGUACUGAAAAUGUAAAAAUCAAAUGAUGUGAAUUUGUGAAGUUAAUGUAUUGUUUUUAUUUUACCUUUCAUUUGUUAAGUGUUAACCCACGUGUUUAUGAUUUUCAGAGACAGGCCAAAAACCAAAGAAACUUAAAGGCUGUAAAACUGUAGAUUUAUGUAUGAUAGUGUAAAUAAAACUGGAUCUCUUUGUCAACUUUUUAAAUACAGAAUGAAUGUCAAAGCAAUUGAUUCAUAUUGGUGUGUCAUUAGGAGUGAACAGCUGGAGAACGACAUAUAACUGGGGUAAAGAGUUGGGAUAACAUCACUGCUUCAAGAUCUGCGGACAAGGCUAUAACUUCAAUACAUGUGUCUUUGUAUAUUCAUGGUAUAUUAUAUUGUGUUAGUUUCACUUGCUUUAAAAAAUAAAGGGCUGUU